CUUUCCUCAAUCAACUCAUCACAUAUAAAAAGGGAGGGGCAAUAUUAAACAAGACUAACGUCCACCACACAAAACCAUGGUGGUUGUGACAUUCACCACUUCUUUAUCCUCCUAUCUCCAAACCAACCUCCACUCCUCUUCUGCAACCCCACGCCAUUUUUACACCAUCACUUGUAAGCCCAGAUCGCCAUCUCUGCUCUACUUGCGCCAACUCUGUAGAAAACCCACGAGAUCCAAAGCAUCAAAUCACAAUGGGGUCUUGCUCGUUAAGGCUUACAUGGACGAAACCAACUCUGUUUCCAAUUUCGCCAAUAAAGUCAUUGGUGCACUCCCUGUUAUUGGCCUUUUCGCUAGAAUUUUCAACGAUGAAGGCGGUGUCGGCGGUGAUAUCAUCGAUUUUGCCGAGUUUCGAAGGAGGGUAGGAAAGAAGUGUUCUGUGAAUGAUUCGAGAGCUUUCUAUGAAUUUCGAGAUCGUCGAGCCCGGUCAGGGGAUCCUUUGUAUGUACUGCUAUGCUGUUGGUUAGCGGCGGUUGGUGCUGGUCUGCUCAAAUCUGAAGAAAUAUUGGAGGGGGUAGCAAGGCUUCGGCUUUCGAAUGAUAUCGAAUUUGAAGAGCAGAAUUUCAUUGCAAUGAUGAAUGAAGCAAUAGAGAAGCGGGCGAAACUGAAUGCUCCUACUCCCUCUGUUCCAAUGGAGAUUCGAGCUGAGAAAGCUCUAGAAGCUAUUUAUGUCUGUUGCUUUGGGAGGGACACUAUUGAAAAUGAAGAUGAGAGAUUACUAUGCAUCAUUCUUAAUGCUGUUUUCCCCUCGGUUGGGCCACCAGAGAUAAAUAGGAUUGUCAAAGACAAGGCAAAGAUUGUGGCUGAGGAGGGUGAAGAAGACAAAUAUCCAGAGCCAAAGCGCUUAUCAAAAGAAGCUGUACAGCUGCAAAUGAAGGACCUCGAAUUUCUUAAACAAAAAACUGAGACUUAGCAAGCUGCUUCAUUUGUUAUGACUCUUAAAGUUUCAUAAUGCCAUGGAAAAUAGGUUUUCUUGCAAUGACUAUGGUUCUACAUAGUCAAUUUAGGAAACAAGUCGUUAGACAGCAUAACAUUUUGAUUGAUACUUUAUUCAGAACGGCAGGGCCUAUACCGAAACCCUAAACCAUAAACCAGAUUGGUAUUUUGUGAGAAGAUUAAAUGGGUGAUUAAUGUCAAGCAGGCGAAAAUUUCCAUCUUUAUAAUGAGCUAUUCCACUAUGUUGUAGUCUUG